AUGGAGAACGAGGUCUUUACGCCGCUGUCCGACAUCACCGGUCAGAGCAGCACACCCAAAGCUGCCAAAGCUGCCAAAGCUGUGAAGUUUGCGGAACAGCCACAACAGCAGCAAGCAGCGCAAGUCCCGCGGACACAGGUUCACGAUCCCGACAAAGCGAAAAGGAUUGGACAGGUGCAUUUCAAGGCACAACAUGGCCUCAUUGUCGCUUUCUUUACCUUCAUAUUAAUACUUCACGUCCUUGGUAUCUACCUUUUCACCAGCGGCUUCCUUCUUACGCGAUUGGUCCUCGACCACAAGUCGGAAUGUGCCCUGGCCCCGAUCGACUCUGCGAACGCGUAUCUAGCGGGCGAUGCUGAAAAGGGCUGCUGGCACCCAAAGACAUUCAACAAAGCGGUCGUCAUCAUCGUCGAUGCGCUGCGAUAUGACUUUACCGUACCUUUCCCAGAACAAUUCGAGCCCAUCGACCUUACCGCUGCCGCCGAGAACCCGUCUCAAGCCCCUCCAGUCGCUCCGCGCCAUUUCCACAAUGCGUUCCCUGUAUUAUACGAGACGGCAAAGAACCAGCCACAGAACGCAUUCCUCCUCCCCUUCAUCGCCGAUCCGCCAACGGCCACGAUGCAGAGGUUGAAGGGGCUCACAACGGGCACAUUGCCCACCUUUAUCGAUGUGGGUAGCAACUUUGCAGGACAGGAGAUUGAUGAAGACAACCUCAUCGGGCAACUAAAAAACGCGAGCAAGAGGAUGGUUCAUCUUGGUGACGACACAUGGCACGCUCUUUUCCCUGAUUACUUCGAGCCGAACCUCACGCACGCAUACGAUUCAUUCAAUGUCUGGGAUCUACAUACUGUUGACAAUGGCGUCACAGAGCACAUCUUUCCACUUCUAAAAGCUGAGAAUGCCAGCAAGUGGGAUGUCAUUUUCGGCCACUACCUGGGCGUGGACCAUGCUGGACACCGCUAUGGGCCCGAUCAUCCUGCUAUGACUGCGAAGCUGAACCAGAUGGAUGAGGUCUUCCGGCGCAUGAUUGAGGAGAUUGAUGACGAUACACUGCUGGUUGUUAUGGGAGAUCACGGCAUGGACGGAAAGGGCGACCAUGGAGGAGAGUCGGAUGACGAGAUCCAGGCUGCGCUGUGGAUGUACUCGAAGAAGGGUGUGUUUGGGCGCAGCGACCCUGCUUAUGCCACGCCUCCUCCCAACGCAAAGACCCGACCAGUUGGGCAGAUUGACCUAGUUCCAACGUUGUCGCUUCUCUUAGGCAUGCCGAUACCCUUCAACAACCUCGGAAAGCCCAUCGAAGAAGCCUUCAUCGGCAGGAACGGCGAUGACUACAAGAAUUUGGCGACCGUCAACCGUCUGACAGCUGCGCAGAUCCACAACUACCAGCAUGAGUACGCCAAGGUUCGUGGUAUCGCAGACAGCGCCAGGGCUUCCUCGCUCUCGCUCUGGAAGAGUGCAAACGACGCGUGGAAUUCGCUCGGAAAGUCCAAGACCAACAGCGCCGAGAUGCGUCAGGCAUACGAGGCUUUUGGUGCCUACCAGCGCGACACGCUCCGCCUCUGUCGAGACCUCUGGGCUCGAUUCGACAUCCCUCGGAUGGUUAGCGGUGUUGUAAUCUUGGCGGCCAGUCUGGUUGUAGUCGCACUUUACGCUAGAAUACUCCAUGGAGAUCGUGCCGACGUCACUCCCGUCUUCUUCACCCGAGGUGCCAUUGGUUUGGUCCUCGGGGGUAUCGUUGGUGUCGCUUUCACCAUCUUUAUGCCAGAGGACUCCAGAUCGCAUGUGCUUGUCUUUUCCUCUGCUCUCACAGGAAUCAUUGGCUGCGCCUCUACUUUCUACUCUCUGAGCUACCGUCUGAUGCCCCCAAUGCCAAACAACAUCUGGGGCUGGACGAGUGCCAUCUUCACUCUUGCGCUUUCUGGAGGCUUUGCAGCCAACUCCUUCACUAUCUGGGAAGAUGAGAUCCUCCUGCACUUCCUAACCACGUUCGGUGUUCUCGCACUCAUCUCGUCUUUCCGUCAAAAGCGUAUCGCUGACCGCACUCUGGGUGCCUACCAUUCCAUCUUAUUCGCUGUCUUACUCAGAAUUGCGAGCUUCUCUCGCCUAUGCAGAGAAGAGCAGAUGCCCUACUGCAAGUCUACAUACUACGACUCCGCUCUAUCAACAACCUCAGCACCAUGGCAACUCGCCAUCCCCGCCGCCUGUGCGAUCCUCAUCCCCACAUUCAUCAAGAGCUAUUACGACGGUACCAAGUCCUACCAACACAACGCCACCCUCUGGAUCGGUCUCGCCCUGCGCUUCGGCCUCCUGCUCUCCGCCGCCUACUGGACGCUCGACGCCGCCGACGACGGCGAAUGGGCUCCCGACUGGAUCAACAUAAUCCGCAUUACCAAGCGCUUCCUCGCGCAAAUCGUGCUAGCCAUCAGCCUUGCCUUCGGCUACAGCAUCUACAACUGGUCGAAACCCCUCCUCAACGUUAUCAUCGACAAAGAUGGGGCCGGCGUAGACGAGAACGGCGCCCCCAAAGAAGCCGUCACCAUCCUCGGGUUUGCAAACGUACACGGCAGUCGGUACGCUCUGUUGAUUACCAUCUGGUACCUCGCCGUCGCCCUACUGCAAAAGCCCAUGGGCGCAGGCGCUAUUGGUAUUUUAGUUUGGCAGCUCUUUUCCCUGUUCGAAAUUAUCGACACGAACAACCUUCGUCAAUCUGCCAUUGGACCCGUCGUCCUUGGUUUGUUGGGUUCUUUCCACUUUUUCAAAACAGGUCACCAGGCUACUCUUUCCAGUAUCCAGUGGGAAUCCGCGUUCAUCCCGCUGGCCAAGAUACGCUACCCGUGGACGCCCAUUAUUGUCCUGCUCAAUACGUUUGGUGCGCAGAUUUUGUGUCGUUACGAAGACGAAAACUCUCUGAACCGUCAGCUUCACAACAUGAACAAUCGAUCACUACAACUAGGAACUGUGGCGACUCAGCAUCAACCCAUCGAAGAAGGCCCGUAUGGCGUCCUCAUUGAGGAAGAUAACAUUGACGAUUCGACUGGCGUUAUCCCGAUGAAAGGACUACGCACACCACUUAGCCUUAAAAGCCGAUUCGUGAGGCGACUCUCUAAGAUACUGAGCGCGGAAGUGGACAUGCGAGAAACACACGACAACAACACUAUCGAUAUAUACAUUACGCGAGACCGACACUCAACCCAGCCUAGUGUUGGCCUAGACGAAGAAUUACGCAAGGUCGUACGAGCUAUGGAAGACGCACUAGCAUUGAUCGCAUCACAGCCUCAUGACCCGCUGCUUGAAGUCGCACGCGACGAUCUUUGGGGAGCCAUAGUUAUGUUCAACUAUAACCAAGUUAAACAGACUAUACAUAGCCUACAGCGAACUUUCGAGAACAACAAGAACACAUACGAAUCUCAUAUAACAAGAAUGUUCGGCGUUGACGACGUCGAUGACAACGGUUCAAUGAUAGACCGCGAGCUUGGGGACCGGAUUAUCGCCCUACAUCAAAACGUCCAUAGCUUCAGCGGUUCUAUAAAAGACAUGUGCAUGAUCGUUCAAUCAGCAUCAGAGAUGACGCGAAUACUUCUCAAUCUGCAAAACCGCUUGAAGUAUCUCCUCGAGAAGACCCGCUUUGCCGAGGAACUUUAUGAGCUCAUCUGCACAUUGGGUUUUCCCGAGCGCGCCCACAGUACGUUUAUCAGGGCUGCUAGAGCUUCGCAAACUUUCAUGAACGUCAGAUUCCACAUCAGACCUCACUCGCCUGCAAAGACCGUUUCAUUCGCGACUCCGACGACGAGCUCGACGCAAUCAAGUCUCAUGAAGCCCUCGUCACCACGUCACCCAGAAAAGUCUAAACGGAUCCAGCGAUUUGAGGGUGCGGCGACGGUAGCCACAACAUCACCUUCUUCUUCUUCUUCUUCCCCUCCUCCUUCUUCUCCUCCCAAACAAGGAAUUUUCAGCCUCGGCCCGCUGAUGACUGCCGUUCAACCCUACCUUCCUCGAAAAGACCGAAAUCUAGCCCUCGCCCAUCUACAAUGUGCAGCUAAGCAGCAGACCGCCCAUCUCAUCGGAACAAUCCUUCAGAAGAAGCUUCUGUCUAUAAAAGCAACCGCAUGGUACUCCUUUGCCUUCGUCAUCACUAAGAACGAAGAGCAAGAGCAACGGCUCGCUGGUCUGUAUCUCUCCCUACUAAGAGAAGCCGACAACUCCGAAACGAUCUUUCGCGAGCUGCAAACCGCACUGGAGAAGGAUGAGCUUGUCGCACUCUUUGACAAGCACGAGUACGGUCACUUCCGCCAAUUAUUCCCCUUUCUAGAGACCUUCCUGAAAACACCACCCAAGAAGCGCUGGACUGUCUGGCGACUCCGCCAAUUCACACAAGACCCUGUCGAUGAUGAACCUCCAGCCUGCCUCCAGCGAGAUUAUGGAUUCAAGUUCUGCCGUCAGCGCGAAGAAGUACUGCGACUGAAGGCUAUCUAUACCCGCAUGCUGCGCAAGAUGGGCCCAAAGAACUUGCACACCGCUUGUAUACACGGCCGGCUAUUUGAGACGGCAAUAAAGGAGGGACUGUCCGUUGAUAUGAAGGAUAGGCGGUUCAUGCAAAAUGAUUAUCCAUCACCAUUUGUAGGACUGGAUGAUGAUGGGGGCCUUGAGGCGUACCGCGGACCGUUUUACAAGAGGAGGCUGAAACUCUAG